UUCUGAUCCAGACACUGUAUAAAUGAAAGGACAGAAAGGAGAGCAGAACAAACUUGAAACAGACUCGCUCAUGGCCAAUGAGACAGAGGAUCAGGAGACUCAAUACUGCUUCCCUGACAUCAACUCAUCAUGUGUGAAGGGGCUGCUCUCUAAUCAUGGAUAUAUCAUCACAUAUGUGUUUGCAUCAUUGCUGUCAGCAUGGACUGUGUUUCUGAAUCUGCUGGUGAUCAUCUCCAUCUCUCACUUCAAGAAGCUUCACACUCCAACCAACAUGAUUAUUCUCUCUCUGGCUGUAAAUGAUCUGCUUAUUGGAGUUGUCAUGCCUGUAGAGGCCAUCAGACUGAUUGAGACGUGUUGGUAUUUUGGAGACACUUUCUGUGCACUUUAUUUAUUAUUUGUUGAAUUACUUCUAUCAGCAUCUCUUAGUAAUUUAGUUUUAAUUGCUGUUGAUCGGUAUGUGGCUGUGUGUCACCCUUUACUGUAUCCACAGAAAAUAACCAUCACUAAAACACUAAUGAGUAUCUGUCUGAGCUGGGCUUGGCUCUUAGCUUAUAUCGUUGCCCCUGUAAUUAAUAGUAGACAUUUUUACACUUCACAUGGAACAGAUGAAUGUUAUGGAGAGUGUUUAGUCCUCAUCAGUUUUAGUUGGACAGUCACUGAUCUGUUCAUGUCUUUUAUUUUUCCUUGCACUGUGAUCAUAAUGUUAUAUUCAAGGAUAUUUUUUGUCGUUCAUCAGCAAGUGAAGGUUAUAAACUCUCUGAUGAAGGGUGGUAAAUGUGUAACGGAGGGUUCAGUGAAGAGGAAAUCUGAGAGUAAAGCUGCUCUGACUUUAGGAAUCAUUGUGACUGUUUAUCUGCUCUGCUGGAUUCCAUAUUAUAUCUGUUCUCUAACUGUAAUCUCUUCCACAAUUAUAAAUGUUUUAAUAUGGUUUUUGUAUGUUAACUCAGGUCUGAAUCCUCUGGUUUAUGCUUUAUUUUACCCCUGGUUUAAAAAGACAGCUAAACUCAUCUUAACUCUGAAAAUAUUUCAGCCGGCGUCCUCUCUGGUUAAUAUUUUUACAGAUCAUUAGUUAUAAUCACUAGCAAAGC